GAGCUCACCGGAUUGUGACAGGGGAGGGAAUAAGCCCUUGGUUUUUUAUGCCUUCAAACUAGGACCAAGGAAUAGAGUAAACGGGGCAUGGGAACCGUAUCUCAAUGCUUCUUUUCCCCCCUUUUAUAGCUUGUUUAAUCCGUAUUUGCCCUUUUUCUGUGCUGUUUAACCCGUCGUUGGAUCUGAAAUUGGUUUCUUUGCAGUCAUUCCCUUCGAUUUGGUCAUAAAUGGGAAUCCUAAUGGAAUGUCCAAUAGAGAUUAAUCACUUUUUCGAUCUCUGUUUCAAGUAAGAAUCUCAUACUUUGUCACCAGUGAGAAAUCUCAUUCGGAGACCUAAAUGGUUCUGUUCUGAAAUAAUUUGCUCUUUUUUCUCCAAUCUUAGCUCAUUAUUUUGGCUAAAAAACCUAUUUUUCAUUUUUUUGGGGGGGUUGAUCUGGAGAGAAGAUGUUUCCUUGAUUUUUCAGUCAAAAUCCGAUUUUUCCCUCAUAUGAAAACUCCCGGCCAACAAAAGGUCAUAGCUGCUGCAGAAAUCUUAGAAUAGGAUGCUUCCAUCUUCAUCGAAUGCCCUUUAGUCCUUGUCUCGAAAAGAGUCUUCUUGGCGUGUAAGGGAAGAGUACGGGGUGGGGUUCUCUGGAACUGAAAGAGAUGAUUCAGCUACUAUACCUGGUGCUCUUCAUAGAAGGGGCAGUGGCAUUGUUUCUAAUGGUGAAAAUUGGGCCGCUGAGGGAGAUGGCGAUGAAAGGGCUGGACCAGCUGAAAUCAGGGAAAGGCCCGGCGACAGUAAAGACGCUGGCAUGCACCUUGUCGGUAAUUCUGGUAUCCAGUGUCGCCACGAUCCUCAAGAUCCAGAACCGGGGCGUGAAGCUUGGGACCGUCACGCCGAUGGAUCAGGUCCUGUGGAGAACUCACCUUCUGGAGGCCUCACUCAUUGGCUACUCUCUUUUCCUUGCACUAGUAAUUGAUCGUUUACACCACUACCUUCAGAAACUGAUCAACUUGAGGAAAACAGUUGGUACGUCCAGAGAAGAAGUUGAGAAACUUAAAAUGGAACACCACCGUUUCAAAGAGAAGGAAGAGAAAUCUUCUGACGAGAUAAAAAAGCUCCAGGUGGAAGUGUCCAACUUGACUGAGAAGUUGCAGAAGCUUAAGUCUGAGUUUGAGGAGCAGGAGCAACGUGCAAUAACUGCAGAAGCGUAUGUUGCUUCCCUCCGGAAACAGUCUGAAGAGCUACUUCUUGAGUAUGAUCGCUUGUUAGAGGACAACCAAAUCCUUCAAACGCAAGCUUUAGCAUUCAGAGGUUGAGCCUCAGAGGGUGAACUGAUCUCAGAACUCAGUGUAAAUUUCAUCAUUUGAGAGAAGCCAAAUGGUACGUUGUUUUUAUUUGAUAGAAUAGGCUGAAUCAGUUUAAUCCUGUCAUGGGAAAACAAAAAAUCAAGUUGCCUGUAAUUGUCAAAUUUUUGUUUACUGCUCUGUAGUCUUUCUUCUCCUUUUUCUGUUUUUGUUGAUCUUACGCUGAAAUUUAAAAGAUAAGCUGCCAGAGAUUGGUGUAAUAACAUCGAUUCUAUUAUUGGAGAGGUUGAAGGUCGUUCAAUUCGAUGGUCUUGGCAUCACUCAUGUGGUGUGGCUGCCUGCUGUUGUAUUGGUUUUGGUUUUGUCUCGAAGACUUCGUCCAUUCACUGAAUUCCUUCAAAUGCUAUGUUUAGAGUUGUGCUGCAGCACCACCUCAGCCUGGACCUCAGCUGCCAUGUAUCAAAGCUCCUACUGUUUGAAAUCUUGUGACAUUGAGAAAGGUGCUUGAAGGUAUGGGAAUUACUAAUGUCAGCAUCUGGAUAGGAGCUAUGAGUUCCUUGCAAGAGGUCUACUGUUGUUACCUCAUCAGGAUAUUGGCAUUUUGGAGAUUAAAUGAUGUGCAGCGAACGAUACUAAGGUACAAAAUCGGGAGCACAGACCAAAUCAUGCACUGAUUUUAUUACUUUCAUUGUUGCCGGUCAUAUAGUCCAUCUGGUCCAAACCAUGUGGAAGUGUGGAAGAAAAGCAAAAUUUUGAUGCACUUCCAGAUAAAUGUAUGGUAGUUCUUCAAAUUUAAUGUUUGUUUUUGUUUUUUCAUAAUCAUACACAUUAUUCAGUUUUAUCUAAUACGAGAGAUUAGAAGGAAA